AUGGUUCGUGGUUUGCACGAUGUUCGUGGUACGAGGCCCAGUCCUGCCAACACUCCCUACGAUGCAGCGAUGCGGAAGAUGUUCGACUUUGAAUUCCGCGGUGUUGAUGAAGAGCUACCAUUCCAUGCCUCAAGGCUAGACGUCCUCAGAACAUUUCGUCGUGAGGCCAUUGUCACAGCAUGGGCUCAACAAAUGGCCUUCGAAAGCUUUUGUGAUGCUGUUGCAUCCAAGUCUGAGAGCAAAGACGCCCACAGACUAGCAGAAAAGUACACAAAGAAUUCAACGUCGUCCCCCCAUCACCAUGCGCUGCUUUCACCUGCACUAAGACGUGGGCCAGUCAUCAAGCCAUGUCCAUGGCUUGCUACCAGUCGGACAGGUCUACAGGUAGACAUGCCGCACUAUCUGUGGGAUCGUGAAAUAGAUGAGACGGUGUUCACUCCAGAGCUCGCUACAUUUGUUGCCUAUACAUGUAUUAGCCAUACAUGGGGACGCUACACUAAAACCCCCAAGGAGUACAGCGGUGUGCCCGGCGUGCCAUGGAAAGUGCCAACAAACAGCAAAUUCGACGUUCUAGAGCUUGGCAAGCGAUUGAAAGGCCUGAGCUGCGAAACGAGAUAUGUGUGGAUUGACCUUUUCUGUAUACCACAAGAUGGCUCCGAGCUUGGGAGGGCUGAAAUUGCACGGCAAGCCCAAAUCUUCCAGAAUGCAGAGUACGUCGUCGCAUGGUUCAACGACGUCGAAAGCUUUGCAAGCUUGAGAGAAGCCUUGGUCAUCAUGGCUCUGCAGCUGCUACAAUUUCCUCCCGAUUGCCAGGAACAUAGAUUUGCGGUCUCUUGCCAAGUCAUUGCCGAGCAGAAGUUGUCCAACAACCCGACUGGCCUCUUAAUGCACUGGGACGACAGAUUCGAUUCACCCGUAGGUCAGGCAAAUCCCUGGUUUACCUCACUUUGGACCUUGCAGGAGCUCUGCCUUCGUCCGGAUAUGUGGAUCUGCUCUGCAGGAUGGCAAAUGCUAGCAAUAAGACGAGACGAGCCAAUGCCCAUCAUUGGAAUUGUAGCAUUGUGGAACUGCUUUGAGCCUGUGUUUCAGGAGAUGCUAGGGCCGCACCGGAAAAGUAAAGGAGAUGGCGGUGUCAAGCCGAGCAGUUCACCGAGAUCCGUAGAAGGAAACCCACGAGCUGCAUUCGGUGAGCUCGCGCACUGGAUGAGAGCUACAGCUCUUUUCCGUCUGACAGACAUGUCACGGGCGGACAUACUUGCCAUUGGGGAUAGGCGGUUCUGCACCGAGCGCAGAGCCGAAGCUAUCAUGUCUUGCCUAGGCACUACCAAAUGGUAUUUUGACACUCCUCGUGCUGAACACGAAGCAACUGUGGUAAUGGAGAAGUAUCCGACGGAAUUCGUGGCCGAGGUACAAGCAGAGGAUCCACUGACCUUUUUUGGACGCCUUGACAAGUGGGAUAGCAAUCUUUACGACUCGAGAGGGCUUGAUCUGGAUAUCGCGCUCAAGCCAGCAAAUAGACGUGAUACCACUCGGCCCAUCGAGUUCGAGCACAUACCAGCACAGCCCAUAGGAACUAUGCUCCCCUUCAGUACUUACGGUGCAGUAGCAGUGGCUGCAGCUGCAUCUUUCGUUGAUACGUUCGAUUGCCACGACACUGUGAGGAAUUGGCUCGUACGCCGCGACGGAAGAGUAGAGAUCCCUAGCGCUUGCAUUCUGGCUAGUACGCUUGCGUCCCUAGGUCCGUUCCAGCAUAUCGGUGCCAUCUUUACAACCAUCACUGCGCCCGAUUCUGGAGGUCUCGUUGACUUGCAGGCGUGGAUUAGUGCCCGGUCGUUCGAAUGCCACGCUCUUGUGCUCGGUUCUCGUACGUACUUCUCCGACUCCCGAGUCGCCGCCAUGGUCUAUCAGGGAAUCAUCCUGGCAAGACUUACGGACGAUCUUUUCGUUAAGCUUGGAUCGUUCCAUGCUAGAGUGAAAAGUCGUACCAAAACCGCAAUGCCUCGGACUACUGUCACGGAUUGGAUUGUAGCAUGA